CCUCCCUCCACUUCUACAACUCCCUCUUCUUCUCCUUCUUCUUCUUCUUCUCCAUCUUCUCUUCUUCUUCUUCUUCUCUCCAUCUUUUUCUUCUUCUUCUUCUUUCCAUCUUCUUCUUUCCAUCUUCUUCUUCUUCUUCUUCUUCUUCUUCUUCUCUCCAUCUUCUCCUUCUCUUCUUCUUCCCCAUCUUCUCUCCAUCCUCUUCUUCCUCAUCUCCAUCUUCUCUCCAUCACCCACCUCCAAUUUUUUUUUAUUUUUUUUUUCCGAAAAUUCAUCGAGCAGCGGGCACUCACCUCCCUCCACUUCUACUACUCCCUCUUCUUCGUCCAAAUCAACCAUCCACCUUCGGUGCGACGACCAUGGCGGGCAAUCGAGUACCGUUCGUGCCUGAGACUGGUGCAGAAAGAGAAAGGACGCUCAGCCAGUCGCAACUUUGGAAAUGGGCGGACAGAGGCCAGAAGGUGACGAUCGACACAUCACACAGCUCGUGGAGGUUGCGUUGCAGGCUCUGCAACAAAGAGUUCGUCGGCAUGCUGUCCAAAGUCGUGAAACACCACACAGAACCGUCGGUCAAUGCCCGCUGUCCACGUCGGAGUAACCACCCGAAAGUGGCAUUGGUCCCCGCGUCACUGGCGAAAUUGAACGACUACUACAAGGAACAGGGUCGUCCGCCGAUUGUUGUGGAUGCGCAGGAUCUUGCUCCCGGUGAUGUGGCUUGUGCAUCGGGGGAGGCCGGUACGUCCUCGGCAGGGGCAGACGGAGGGCGGGACACGGGUUCAACGGCGGGAGAAGGCAGUGCUAUGGGUUUCGAUUCGACAUCCGUUGCUGACAGGGGUGCUCCGGAUUCCAGGGGGCCUGACAUCCCGGAAGAGAUCGUUGAGCACCUGCGGGGUCCUGUUCUGGAUGCAGCUCGCCCACCACGACCUCCAUUGGGUGCACAGCAGUCGUCCAUGAAGAAUUUCGUAGUGGAUGAGCUGCAGAGGGAGUUCGACCAGGCGGUUGCUUCCUUCUUCUUUGAGAAUGCCAUCGCCUUCAACGCCGCGCGCUCGGACUCGUAUAAGAACAUGGAAAGGAUCAUGAACGUGGCUGCGAGAUCGAGGAAGAUGCUACGGAUGCCAGGAUACAAUUACCUGAGGAUGAAGGCCCUGCCCGCGGAAUACAAAGACGUGGACAAGGAUCUUGACAACAUUCGUGAGCCAUGGGAUGUCACGGGCCUCACCUUGAUGACGGACGACACAACAACGACCAGCAACAGGUCGGUCAUUAACUGCAUUGCAGCCGGUGAUUCGGGGGCUGUUAUGGUGUGUAGUGUGGACAUGGAGGGGAAGGAUAAGUCAGCUCCGACUUUGGCAAGGAUGUGGGUGGAGGUGAUACGAGAGCUGUGGGUGCACAGGGUGAACGCGAUCUGCACGAACUCGGCACAGGUCAACAUUUUCGCGAAGAAGAUAUUGGAAAAGCAUGACGACCCUACGAUCAGGAGCAUUCCAUGGGUGUCGUGCGCAUGCCACGUGUGCAACCUUCUCAUGUGUGACAUUGCUUCGGUGCCAUGGAUCGGAGAGGUGAUUCUGCAAGGCAGGGAGAUCACAACCUUCAUCAAGAGACAUCAGUGGGCGUUGGCCAUGUUCCGUAAGAGCAGGAGAGAGUACAGGACACAGUUGGACAUCAAAGAUGGGAGGCCGUUGGCGUUGAUUCAGCCAGGAGAGACUAGAUUCGGCACAAACUUCCUCAUGCUGCAGCGACUUCGAGAGUGUGAGCCAGUGUUGCUGUCGACUGUUUCAAACCCGCGGUGGGAUAACUCUCCAUGGGACAGGGCAGCAGCGACAAGGGCGCAGACGUGCAAGGAGCUCAUAAGAGACCCGGCUUGGUGGUCGACCGUCGACCGGGCAUGCACCGUGCUUGAGCCAGUGUAUGCCCUUAUGAAGAACAUGGACAAAGAUGGGAGGAUGGGUAUGCAGGUGUGGUCUUUGGGGAUCACGUUGGAGAAGAGAAUGGCCGCGACACCGAUGGACAGCGAGACAAGGGGCAUCGUGAUGAGGAAGGUCAAAGACCAUGUGCGAAUGAUGGCCCUGCCUGUGCAUGUGGCGGCAUGGAUGUUGCACCCGCUACACAGAUCGCCUCGACUCUUCGACGACUUGGCAUCCGAAGAGAUUGCGAACACUUUGACUCACUUCACUUCGGUUCAUGCGAAGACCUCGAAGGAGUACAAAGAGUGCUGGAACUCCCUGAAGAGUUUUCAUCACAUGGAUCCAGAGUGGAUUGGCCCGAACUCCGAGGAGGCUUUGACGGGCGGUCACGUGUCCAUGGCGCAAUGGUGGUUGAUGUACGGGAAAAGGCACCCAACCCUAACGAAGAUUGCCGUCAAAGUGUUGAGCGUGUGGACCACUGCCUCUCCAUGUGAGAGGAAUUGGUCCACGUUCGAUCUCGUCCACCCCAAGAGGAGGAAUCUCUUGAGCCCGGAGAACUUGGAGAUGCUCGUCUUCAUCCACUGGAACAAGAAGCUAUUGCGCAUGUCGAAGGCGAAGAUGGGAUUCGUGAACACUGAGCGGCUGGAGUGGGAGACACCCGAGGACGAGGCACCAUUCAAUGGCUUCAUGCGAGAAGGGGAGUACGACCCCGCGGAGGUGCGUAGGAGGGCGGCCAACUGGUCGAAAUCUCGUGGGCGCAGAUCGAGAACCACGCAAUUCGACGUGCGGGAGAUUCAGGAGGAGAGGGAGGACGACGGGACAUGGCUACUUGAUGUUUCGUACCGCCCUCGCAGAAUCGCGGACGAUGAGCGUCGGAAGACUGUCGUCGCUGAUCACGACGAGGAGGACGACGGCCACGACAACGACGGAGUUGCAGUGGAGGAGACGGCCGCAUGCCGGGGGAUGACAGACGGGGGAUCGGGGGAUGCUCACGUUGAUAGUGCUGCCGUGAGGGUCGUUCGAGACUUUGGUGUGUUUGUGGACGCUCCCGUUCCCGGUCAUGCAGAACACGAGGGCAGACACAUCAAUGCGGGCAAGGAUGACGAGCUUCAUGACACAGCGGAGGACAGCCAGUCUGCCGGUGGAAAUGCAUUCUCCACUCCGGGCCCUGGGUUGCCGCUGGGGGAGGGAUUCGCCUCCCUGUUGCACCACGUCGCACCAAUUGUUGCAAGAGGCUCGAAGACGGACUUCGAGAAACAUCUGGCUGCUAUGUCCCCCAUGAGGAGCGAUUCGGGGGGGGCAGACUCCUGAUUGGGCCAGAUUCACAGGAUCGACUCCUCCUGCUUUGCUGUUGAGUGAGGACAUUCUCACAGACGCC